AUGCAAGAUAUGACCUCCUCGAUAUCUUCUUCCAAGAAGGACGAGAGCUACGUGAAGGUCAGCCCCAAUACCGUGGGGUCUGGCGAUGAGCGGCGCACCGGCAUAAUGCGGGGUUUCAUAGACUCGUUCCGCCGCGGGCGCGAUGUUGACUUAAUGUGCAAGGCUGACGCGGAGGAUGGCACGACCGCGAAAAUGAAGAAGACGAUUAAGACCAGGCAUCUAUUGAUGAUUACACUUGGAACGGGUAUCGGAACGGGUUUGCUUGUGGGCAAUGGUUCUGCUCUAGCAAAGGCUGGGCCUGCGGGUUUGAUUCUAGGAUACGUAGUGUCCUCUGCGAUGUUGUACUUGAUUGUCGAGGCCGCUGGUGAGCUAGGUAUUUGCUACUCUGGGAUGACUGGUAACUACACUGCAUACUCGUCGCUUCUCGUGGACCCCGCUAUGGGAUUCUCCGUCUCAUGGGUUUACUGUAUUCAGUGGAUGACAGUCUUCCCGCUACAGUUGGUUACCGCUGCUAUGAUCAUUCAAUACUGGACGGACAUAAAUCCUGAUAUCUUUGUUGCGAUUAUCUAUGCAGUCAUCGUGUUCAUCAAUUUGUUCGGUGCGAAAGGAUAUGCGGAAGCAGAGUUCUUCUUCAACUUGUGCAAAGUUCUGAUGAUUAUUGGUUUCGUGAUCCUAGGUGUCGUCAUUAACUGUGGCGGUGCCGGUACCUCCGGAUACAUCGGUGACAAGUACUGGCACGAACCUCGUCCGUUUAUGAACGGUUUCAAGGGUUUAUGCUUUGUCUUUUGCUACGCUGCAUUUGCAUACGGUGGUAUUGAAGUGAUGGUUCUAAGUGCAUCUGAACAAGAGAACCCUAGGAAAUCCAUCUCCAGUGCGUGCAAAAAAGUCAUCUACCGUAUUGUCCUCAUCUACCUAUUGACCACUGUAAUUGUGUGCUUUUUGGUGCCUGCAGACCAUCCAAGUUUGGCGUCUGAGGGCAGUCGCGCUUCUCCAUUAGUCAUUGCCGUCUCCUUCCAUGGUGUGAAGAUUGUUCCACAUAUUAUCAAUGCUGUCAUCUUAAUUGCUGUCGUCUCUGUUGGAAACUCCUCUCUAUACUCCGCACCAAGACUAUUGCUUUCUUUGGCGGAGCAGGGCUACGCUCCAAAGAUAUUCACAUACAUCGACAGGCAAGGUAGACCAUUGCCAGCCUUCUUUGUUGCCAUGGUAUUCGGUCUUUUGGCCUUCUUGGCCGCUUCGCCAGCUCAGGACGACGUCUUCGGAUGGUUGUUGGCUAUCUCUGGUCUUUCGCAGAUGUUUAUCUGGAUGUCGAUCUGUAUCUCGCACAUUCGCUUCCGUGAUGCCAUGAAGGCACAGGGGCGUUCCAUGGGUGAGGUUGGUUACAAGGCCAGAACUGGCUACUGGGGCUCGUGGAUAGCUGUCGUCACUGCUUUCCUCAUCCUAAUCGCCCAGUUCUGGGUCGCCAUCUCUCCUGUCGAGACGAAAGGCGUCGACGCUCGCUCCUUCUUCCAGAGCUACCUAGCGUUCCCCAUUCUACUAUUGGCCUACUUCGGUUACAAAAUCUACCAUAAAGACUGGCGUAUCUGCAUUCCAGCUUCGGAGGUCGACUUAAUUUCGCACAGACAAGUCUUCGAUGAGGACGAGCUAAAGCAAGAAGACCUAGAGUGGAAACUAAAACUAAAGAGCUCGCCAAUUUGGGUUAGAAUAUACCACUUCUGGUGUUGA